AGUUCGCUGCAAUGGCCUCCGGUGUGCUGAAUUUGUGCUACCUGGAGUGUAGGUGCCGUGCCUACGACAUCCUGAGCGUGCAGACGGCCGAUUGGAAAUACAAGACGGCCGUGGACAUCGCUGCCGAGGCGAGCAACCGCCAGUUCCUGUCGCACCCCUGUUGCCAGAAGUGGCUCACCAACCACUUCCUCGGUCGCAUCAGCGUCCGCGAUAGCCAGUGGGGCUUCUUCAGCGUGCCACUGAGUCUGAAGGUUAUUCUCUGCGCAUUCACAUUUUUUCCCAUGUACAUAUGGGUGCGAUUCAAAAGUGACCCGCAUCAAAGGGAAUACGGUGAAGAGGAAGAAUGCGAAAGAGACUACGGCUUCUCCAAAAGUGCCACAGAGAACGUGAAGGGCGACCGCUACGACUCGGGAGCCACAGCGGCGCAGGAAGGCACGCUUAUCCGAAUGAACCCAGUGCUUUACAAGAUGGUGUACCUCAUGUGGAGCGCUCCCAUCACCAAGUUUUGGGUUCAUCAGAUAUUCUUCAUUAUGUUUUUGGGCACAAUGAAUGUAGCUGCGCUCUGGCCUUCCUGCGGAAAUAGGACGCUCGAUACUUUGUGCGUGGUGUGGAUAUUUCUUAUCGGCAUGGAGAUUCUGGACCGCACCUGUCGUUUGUAUCUCACGAACGCGAAUGUUCCUCUGCUUUCGAAGUUUGUUGAAUUCUUCAUGAUAACAUUUUUCGGAGUCUCGUACAUGACUUCUCGACUCUUCGGAGUGGGUCCAUUCAAGGAUCCGUACACGGGAAAAGUGCUCGUUUGUGUGGCACUUCUCUACUUUUACUACCGCCAGACGCUUAUCUACUUGCCUAUAUCACCUCAAGUUGGCCCGCUUCUGUACUCUAUAAAGCUGAUGGUUGUUCGUGACUUUACAAGCUUCAUGCGCAUGGGUCUCUUGGUAGUAAUAUGCGGAGGGAUUGUCACUCAUGCAAUAUUAUACCCAGAUUACCCUCUUACUAUAGAGCUGCUGCGAAGGAUUUUUCACAAAGCCUUUUUUGCAUUCUUUCUCACGCCGAUUGUUGACCUACCAGGCGACAAGAAUUGCUUCCACAACCCACCGCCAGAUGCAACUCAAGGGUGCUUCGUUAGCAGAUAUUCUGACAUGAACUGUCCUAACCCAGGACUUUGGCCAUACGUUUUUACGGUGCUAUACUUUGUUCACCUGAAGAUAUUCUUACUUAAUUAUUUAUAUGCCGUAUUCAGUAACACAUUGGCCGACGUAGACCCGUUGUCCGACAUCAUAUGGAAAUUUCAGCGCUAUGAACUUGUCAUGGACUUUGCAAUGCGGCGAUGCCUGCCUCCCCCUCUGAACGCAAUAGCUUAUGCGUGGCUCCUUGUGUGCGGUUUCUUCAAGCUGUGCGCCAGUUUAUCCAGGAAGGGUCGUCGUCGUCAAGGUAAAACGCUGAGCACGAUGAAAGGACAGAAGCUGUCAGACCGAGACUACCACUACUGGAAGCAAAAGGCGCUCGAAUAUAGCAACAACGCUGAUUGUGUGAACGAGAAUACUUUGCAGAAUCACUACGAGAAGCUCACACUCAUCUUAGAAGACAUUGACUACCAACGCACCGUGCUCGAUCAACUCCAAGGCCAAGUUCAGGAGGUUCAGCGGAAAAUCUCUCUCUCUAUCAUCCACCUCGAAACGCUCAAACAAGUUUCCCUGAGAUCUGAUCCUACGAUGCUGACUACUUCGAUGCCUGCACAAGCAACCAUGCACUACAUAUCGCGCCAGUCUCCUUAUCCUGGGACCAAGAUACAGCGCUUCCCAGUGCCAGACAAGUUCGUUCCAUGGGAAAUCAUGUGGCUAGAUUACGAUCCUGUCACUUACACAAGGCCUCGGUCGCAGUUUCCGGGACCACUACAGAUCUACGUGGAUGAGGACAUACUGAUGCUGAGCACGGGUGAGCACGUCCAACGUUUGCCAUCGCUCAAGUGGAACUGCCUUUCGAUGUCUCCUGCUGGCAUUAGCACUGACAGAAGAUCCUGGAUUGUUGACACCGAUGGCACGAAUAUUGUUUACAUCUUGGAGUGUGAGGGAGUUCCACGCAAUCCCGCAGGAAGAACGGGCCUAAAAGGAAAAGGCGCACUUCCACGUUGGGGACCCAACCAUUACGUCCUCUUCAUCAUUAGCAGGUAUCAGAAAUCGCGAUCAGCUAUACUGCAAGGGAGAGGUUUGGAAAUUGCCCUUAUGAAAAUUUAUCGAACCGACCAGUUUGUUUUGCCUGGGGAUUUCGUACCGGGAGAGCAGCGAUACGAAGGAGUUAUGCGCGUGUGUUUCAAGAUUCCAGAUGGCAUGCCAAUGACAACUGCGGAACACGUCAAAGGCUUUUUCUCCGCGCGCCUCAGCGGGAACGCCGGCAUGAGUGACUCGAGCCAGGUUAUGGAAUGCUCAAUAGCCCGUCGGGGCUACAUGGAUGACCCAAUGAACACGGAUAACUGUUGGAGGGAAGUUGAGCUCUGGAAGAUCCACUACAGUGUGAAAGAGAAGCUGACAGAAAAGUUUCAGCCCAAUGUUGUAUGGAGGCUGGUGACAGAUGACUUAUUCCUCAAGCUUCCUUCUGGCCACAGCAACCUUCUUAAUGAAGUGUGGAACUUCCAGGGCACGCUUACAAUAUAGUGCGAAUUGUGUUCGAAAAAAUAUCCUAUUUUUAACUACAAGGCGUACACAAGAGCUCAGUUGAAAAUAACUAA